UUGUUGUUGUUUCGCCGCAAGGUUCGGACGUGUAUUUCUGCGACGUGCACAUUGGAAAUCGUUCGUCUCGUUGCGUUCAUUUUUUUUUUCUGUGUAAUUUUGUUUUUUUGCAUACAAAACGCAAACGGACACGACCACGACGGAGUCGUUUGGACUAACCGAUACCGAUAUCCAUUGCCCGUGCCCAGACAUCAGCAGAUGUGAAAUGUGACGACACGACGGAAAAGUGUCCGCAAUCGCGCAGCCGAGGCGACAAAAAACCAUUUUGCAAAAAAGAAAAAAAAGUGAGAGGAAUCGGCAGCGACGCUCACGCGUUGCGCCCCCCAUUCAAAAUAAAAGUGAAAACGUGCAAAAUAAAUAUACAAAACGAGAAAUAAGAACAGCAGUAGUGAAGUUAAACUUUUGAUCGAAAGAAAAAGAAAAAAGAAAAAUGUGUGACACUGCCGCAACAACAAUAUCAGCCUCAGGAGACGCUGGAACGGGUGUUAGUGCUGGAACUGGAACUGGAGCGGGUGACACAGCGGUGACAGCAAUGGAUGAACAAGCGCAACGUACGCGACAGAAUUGUUGUCGCCUGUGCAUUGCGCCCGCCAGCGAAUGCAUUUCGAUCAUUAACAGUUAUGCGGCCGAUAAGGAGCCGCUGGCCACAAAAAUACAUAACUGCGUAAAUAUUAAGAUCACGCCAUUGGAUCGCCUGUCGCUGCAUAUUUGUCAUGCCUGCAUCAGCUAUUUGAACUCUUGGCAGAGCUUCAAGAAUCGCUGCCUCAGCUCCCAGUCGAAGCAACGACAAUGGGUGGACAUGGACAGAACCAAACAGCAGACACUAUUGGGCUAUUUGGAUUUGAAUCGGGCCGAGAAUGGCAGCAUUGUUGACCAACAGCAACAGCAGCAGCAAUCGGAAUUGAAAAUCGAUACGGCGACAGCUGCAGCUGAGAAGGCAUCCGCUAACAUUUUGGAUGGCAUACCCUCGCUGAAGAAGCGCAAAUCUUUAACAGUCUAUGUGAGUCCAAAGCAACAACAGCUUCAACAGCAACAGCAACAACAGCAGCAGCAACAACUACUAUUGCAAACGGCAAGAACGGAGCCACAGCAAACAUUGCAGAAUCUUUUAUUGCAGGUGCCCACAACGGCGACAAUGGCAAUGGCAACAUCAUCACAGCAGCAACAGCAACAUCAGCAGCGCAAAUAUCAGCAGCAACAACGUGGCAAGCAGCAACAUCAUCAUCAUUAUCAACAACAACAUCAUCAUCACCAACAUCACCAACAUCCACAACAACAGCAGCAGCAACAACAGCGACAUAGACGCAUUCGGCAGCCACGACGACAAUCGCAACAGUCAACGGCAACAACUGUUGCUCAUCGUUUGCCCAAAUUUAAGCCAAAAGUGUAUUUGCCACUUGACAUUGCAGUGCCACCGCUGCCGCCAUUGCUGACGACGCCAUCGACAUCAACUGCUGUUGCAACUGCAACUGCAACUGCUACUGUUGCUGGUGUUGCUGAGGCAGCUGCAUCAUUGCCGUUGCCAAUGCCAUUGUCGUUGCCGUUGUCGCAGCCAAUUGAUUUCAGUCAGUGUAAGAAUUCGAGUCAGAGUCAAAGAUAUGGCAGCGUCAACGUCGCUACCGCUACUGCAAUCGCAACCGCUGCUGCUGCAAGUGCAACUGCAACUGCAACUGCCUCAGGCUCUGCCGCAGGCGCAGGCGCAGUCACAACUCCGCUGCUUAUGCCGCCGCUGCCUGCUGUGCCCAUCAAGGAUGAGCCAUUGGAUGACACGGACGAUGACUUUCAGAUGAAGUGCAUUGACGAGUCCGAUGAUAUGAUGGAUCCCACAAUGUUCCUAGAGCGCUCCGAGCACGAGGGUGAUGUGCCACUAAUGACCUCCGACUAUGAUUAUACGGCGCAGCAUGGCGUAACGGCGGCUGUGGCAGCAGCAUCGCUGCCGGCAACCGCUGUGGCAAACGUGGCAGCCGCCGGGGACUCAAAGGUGGCCAGUUGCCGUGCCUGCAGUCUGCAAUUCUCGACGCGAGCGAAUGCACGACGCCAUGAACGGAAUUUGCAUCCGAAUCUGUUUCAGCUAUCGACAGACUCGCCAAAUAAUACGCCAAUUACAAAACCGACGCCGGCAUUGGCAGCCGCAUUGGAAAUCCAACGUGCGGCUGCCGCGGCAGCGGCAACAGCGGAGGCAACAAAAGCGGCAGCUGGUGGCAACAUAUCGACACAGAAGUAUCGCCAGGUGGUCAUGAACACGUUCAUCAAGUGCGAGAACGGUGGCUAUGACUAUGACAAUCCGGAGCAGUAUCAGCAAUUGUUGAGCCGUGAUAAGGUCGAGUUCAUACAGGAGAAUCACGAGUUUCUCGAACAAUAUCAAACGAUGACGUGUCGAUGUUGCAACAAAUACUUUAGCACCUAUAAGAAUUUUAUGGCGCAUGUGCGCAAAAAGUAUCCCACGUUGCCACGUAACCUGUGCUUCAAUUGCCUCAAGAUGAACGACUCGAAGGCGUUGUUCAUAUCGCAUCUAAAGAAACGUAACUGCAUCAAUUUGUAUCGUGUGCUCAAUGCGUUGCGACUCAAACAGCCAAAUUUUGCACAUGCCACGGCAUCCGGUGUGAUUGCAACCACAGAACCGCAGCCGCAGGUGCAACAGCAGCAGCAGCAACAACAGCAGCAGCAGCAGCAACAAUUGGUGGUAACAGCACAUGAGACAUCAGCGUCGUCGGAGCGACCAGAGAAACUGCGAGCCAAAGAGCUGCUGGUGAAUAAACUGUAUGAGUGUAAACUCUGUCCAAAGGGAUUCCGAACGAAGCACGAGUUCCGCACCCAUGUCUAUGAUAAGCAUGCGGAUGUGCAGCGCAAGGAUAACAAUUCGAUACAGUGCAGCUUCUGUGGCUUGGACUUUGCCGAUCCAGUUGAUCGGCGACGUCAUUAUAAUAACAUGGACUGCAUUGUCCGUUUGCGCUGCAUGACCUGCGAUGCCAAAUUGGAGACGCAUCAGCGUUUCCUCGACCAUGUCUAUCAGGAUCAUUUGGGCGGCGCUGUGAGCAGUGAUAAUGCCUCAACGGCGAACAGCGGCAUCGAUCAUUCGCCGGGCAAGCGUAGUCUGCUCGGUGCCCUUGGCAUUGGUGUCAGUCAAUCCUCGAAUGAUGAAUCCCGCAGCAGCAGCACCAACAACAACAACAACAACACCAAUGCCGCAAAUCCACCAAUAACUUCCACACCCAAACCUACAACAUUAUCAUCAUCAUUAUCAUUGGCUCAGAUUGGAGCUGCUGCUGCAACCAGUGGCGGCAGUCGAGAUGCCCCCAAAUCCCAGUACUUCUCCCGCAUGCCACAGGUCUGUCCGAUUUGUGGGCAACAGUACAACAACUAUAACAAUGUGCUGCGCCACAUGGAAUCAAAGCAUCCAAAUAAAUUGCCCGAGACAUACAAGUGUGUUCGUUGCGGCCUGGGCUAUCCAAGGAUCUCAUAUCUGCGUGAGCAUAUGAUCAAUGUACAUGGCGUGGACAAGAAUCGUCAUUCCGGCGGAUUUGAGUAUAUCGUAAAUGCGGAUGCUGUUAAAUUGGCCGAUGGCAGUACACCAAAUGUCUAUACCGGACGCUACGAUUAUGUGAUGAAGGAUCUGAUGUCCAUAACAAAUGGUGGGACACUCGAUGAUGAUGAUGAGGAAGGCGGCAGCAUUGCCAAAAAGAUGCGACUCGACGAUAGCAGCAACAACAGUAGCAUCAACACAAGCAUCGCCAAUCAGCAGAAAGAGUGCCCCAUUUGUAAUGCCGUGUUCAGUAAUAAUAUUGGCCUAUCAAAUCAUAUGCGCUCACAUUACACAGCCUCAUCGACGGCAACAAAUGCAGCAUUGGCGGCUGCCAAUCGAAUGACACCCAAAUCGUUGACAAUUACAGCAACACCGCCACUUGAGGUGGCAGCCACAGCGUCAGUAGCGACUGCAACGGCAACGUCGACCGCAACAAUAUCUGCCUCCAUAAGCAACGCAGCAGCAGCAGCAACAACAGCAACACCAGUUAGCACAACAGCAACUGCAAUAUCUGCGACAGCAACGGGAGCAACAAAAGUGCCGCCGGCAAUGGUGAAUCAAACGCCACAGGAACAGGCCGUAUUCCGUCGAAGUUUAGAUCAAGCGGCAGAUCGUCGCUUUCGUCGGAUGCGUUGUCGUAUCUGUCAGCGUAGAUUUAGCUCCAAGAAAUCGUAUCGUUAUCACAUGCUGACCGAUCAUCAAGUGCAAAAUGUGCAGUUUAUCAAAUGUAAAUUGUGCAACGCCGAGUUUGCCUACGAGAAGGGAUUGAAGGUGCAUCUGUUCAAGGUGCAUGGGCGUGCCAUCAAAGAUGAGAUGAUUAUCAAACAAUUUGAAUGUGAUGUCUGCUCCAUUGUCUACAGCUCGGAAAUGGAGUUGCAACAGCAUAAACGCAGCGUUCACAAAUCACAUUCGGGCACGAAAUCAUCACAUCAAUCAUCUACAUCUACAUCUACAGCUACUGCUACCUCUGCUGACCUGGCCGAUACAUCCGCCAGUGCGUUAGCUGUCCUGCCAUUAUACUGGUAUCAGUGCAAGUAUUGUCCAUCCAAUUUCAAUACCAACAAGAAACUGGCCAUUCACAUCAAUUCCCAUGAUGAGUUCGAUUCCAAUGAUUAUUCCUGCAAGGAUUGCGGCAACGUCUACAGCGGACGCAAGAGCCUCUGGGUGCAUCGCUAUAAGAAGCAUCCGCAGGUACCGGAUCCGGCGGAGUGCACGCUGUGCCGCAAGAUGUUCUUUGAUCGCCAGAUGCUGGAGAAUCACACUCCCACCUGCAAUCGCAAGCCCAUCACGGCCACGGGAGCACAUCAGCAGGAUCAACAGCAGCAACAGCAGCAGUUGCAGCUGCAACAUCAACGUGGCAUCUUCAAGCACAAAACGGGCGACGAUGAUGACGAGGAUGAUGAUGAGGAUCAUCAGAUGAUGAUAGAUGAGGCUGGUGCUGGUGUUGGUGUUGGCAAUGUUGCUAGUGAUGGCAGCAAUGGUGGCAACACUGUGGCAGCUGUCACCAGCAAUACGAACACGAUCAGUACAAGCAGCUUUAAGAUACGCAUACCAGAGGUGGCAUGCACCAUUUGUGGGGCACGCUUCACCGACCAAGAGAUGUUCAGCAAGCACAUCCAGAAGCAUGAACAAGAAUUAUAUGUGGAUAAUCCAUUGGCUGCCAUGUUCGAUGAUGGUCCAGCCGAUGCGGGACAAUUUCAGGUGGAGCGACAAAAUGAGAAUGGGGAAUAUGCUUGCGAUUUGUGUGCAAAGACGUUCCCCCAGGUGAUUGCGCUCAAGGUGCAUCGCAAGUGGCAUUUCAGAGGUGAUAGCAAGCAGAAUCCCAUCAUCGACGGCGAAGCGACAAUGCUGAACAACAACACCAACAACAACAACAACAGCAGCAGCAGCAACAGCAAUUCGAUGUUGCAUCUACGCGAAUUGCAUGCGGUGGGUCUGAUGCCCAAUCAACAACAUCAGAAGCAGCAACAGCAGCUGCAACAACAACAGUCUCAGUCGAGCAGCAGCAACAACAACAACAACAGCAACAGCAACAACAGCAACUCAUCAACCAGCAAAUCGAUGAAACGGAAACGUGAAUUGAAAUGCGAAUAUUGUGCCUCAACAUUCAUUAGCAACAACAACCUGCGUCGCCACAUGUACGAGUUGCACAAACAUGAGGUCAGCAAUCUACCCGAGCCGCCAGUGAUUGAAGUGGAUGAACCGUUGUGUUGUCGUCGUUGCGGUGAUUUACAAUUUGAGACGAAGGAAUUGUGGAUCGAGCACAAAUUGUCGGAUGCAAAGGUUGUGCGUCCAUUUUGUCCAUUCCAAUGGGGCUGUGAUCUUUGUGGCGAGUAUUUGUCGCGCAAGGAGAAGCUCAUCAAUCACAUUAACAAUCAUCUUAAGGAGGAGGUGAUUGUGCCAGUUGUUGUCAACGCAAAGACAACAAAGAACUUAUCAGCAACAACAACGACAACGACAACAACAGCAGCAGGCACAAGCACAACAACGACGACAGCAACAACAGCAAAGGCAACAAGUGGAACAGCAGCAACAGCUGCAGCCACAACAACAACAGCAGCUACAGCAGCGACAACAAAUGCAACAACAACAUCAGGCAAAGUGCUGAAAGUCAAGGAUCUUGAAAGUGAGAGAGGAGGAAAGUUGAGUAAACAGCGUGCAAAUGAUAAUGUGGAGCAACAAGAUGAGGAAAAUGAGGAUGAUAGUGAUAUGGAUGAUGAUAGCGAUAGCGAGGAUGAUGAUGAUGACGAUGAUGAUGAUGAUGAAGAUGAUGAUGAGGAGAAUAGCACAACCGAUGAUGAUGACGAUAAUGAUGUCGAGGAUGAGGAUGACGAUGUAGAUGAUGAAGCGGAAGGGGAAGAUGUUGUUGCACAGCAGCAAUUGUUGCAACAACCUCAGCAGCAGCAGCACAACAACAACAACAACAAUAGCAACAGCAAUGCAAUUGACAACGAUGAUGAUGAUGAUGACGAUCUCAUUGAGGAGGUUAUCGAAGAGAUUGACGAUGACGACGGCGACGGCGAUGGCGAUGUACAUGAACAACAUGUGGUUGCCGCCAAAGCGAACAACAACAAAGUGAGCAUUGAUUAUGCGCGCACGAGCAACGCCAAGUUGAAUGGAAAUGGUGGCAAAAAGGCAAAGUUGCUGAUCAUGCAUAGCUCUGAGGAAGAUGAUGAUGAUGAUGAUGAGGAGGAGGAUGUGGAAAUGGAAAUGGCAGAAGAGGAGGACGAAGAGGGUGUACACGUGGGGGAAGUAAUGACCAUUGAUGAUAUUAUUGAAGAAGAUGAUGGUGAGGAUGAUGACGAUGUGGUUGGUGUUAGUGGUGAUGUUGUUGAAGAGGAUGAUGAUGAUGACAACGACAACGACGAUAACGAUAACGAUGAUGAUGAUGUUGAUGAGGAAGAGGAGGAAGACGAAGACAUUGACGAAGAUGACGACGAUGAUGAUGGCGACGUUCAUAAUGUGGGUCGUCGUAAUCGUAUCGAUGAUGGUCGUGCCAACAUCGGUGGUGAUGCUGUCGAUGGUGAGGGUGAUGGCGAUGUCGAUGGUGAUGGUGAUGGUGAUGGUACAUCAUCAUCCGAAAGCGAUUCAACAACAACAACCUCGCAUUCAACUGGUGAGCGGCGUAAAAAAACUGUAGUUUCAUCAGCGGCACAUGGCGAUGCCGCUGAUCAGUCUAAUUCCAGCUAUACGUGUGAUCUAUGUCAACUUUGUUUCGAUUCUCAGGAGCUUCUGCAGACACACAUUAAAAGCCAUUUUCUCAAUGGGCCAACGGCGGGCAGCAAAAGCAGCAGCAGCAGCAGCAGUGGCAGUGGCAGUGGCAGUGGCAACAACAGCAGCAGCAACAAAAACAACGGCAGCAGCAGAUGCAGCAGUGGUGCCGCCAGCAGAAGCAACAACAAUAUAAUUAAUAGUAACAACAAUAAUAAAAGCAAAACCAAAAAGUCCGGCUUGUUGGAUGCUGCCAAAUGUGGCAGUGGCAGUGGCAGUGGCAGUGCAACAACCACAGCAACAGUCACAGCCACAGCAGCCACAGCAGCAACAGCAACAACGGCAACAACAACGACGUCGACGUCAGCAGCGACUGUGACAGCGGCAGCGGCAGAAGCUGCAGCGCGCUUGAACUGAGCUUCAAAAUGUACAAAAUCAACAACAACAACAACAACAACAAAUAAACGUGCACUACACACCACACAAAAUACACAAAAAACACAACACAAUACACAUGAAACGCAACACAAUCCACAUCCAUCCACAACGCAUUCCAUCAAAAAAACUAACGUCACACACACACACAAAAACACACACAUACAUACAAACACACACAUGCAUAUGUAUAAAACGUAAGGCGCAAAGCAAAUAGAACUGCAUGUGUGUGUUGGUUUUUUUUUUCUUACUGCUAAUUGUAGUUGUUAUUAAGCUUAUAUAACAAACUUACAUACAUAUAUAUAUUUAUAUAUUAUAUAAAUAUAAAUUAAAUAAUAUUUAUAUAUAUGAAUAUAUAUAUAUUUAUAUAUAAUAUGUAUGUACAUGUAUGCAACUUUCAUUAUUAUACCAUAUAUCAAGAUAUGAAGUCAUUUUUUUUUAACAAUGUUAAAUUAGUUGGUAUCACACAAACACAUGCACAUACACUGACACACAUACACACGCAUAUAUUUAAUUCAUCUCCAGUUAUUCUUUUUGAGUUUUUAGUUAGUCUAGACAAUAUACAGUAUGCAUGUAUACACAUACGUAAAUAUAGAAAAUACGUACGUACAUACAUCCAUGCAUAGAAUAAAAACAAACAACAAAAAACCUAUUUAAGUGGUUAUGUGAAAUAAUAAUUCAUAAAUUAGAAUGCGUCAAGGCACCAAAGCAACAACAAACAAACUGUAGAAGUGGAAGCUAAGGAGGAAGAUGAAAAAUGAAACAUACAUAUUUUAUUUAUUAUUAUUUUUAUGAUGUUUUUUUAAUUUUGUAUUUUUGAAUUUUCCUGCCGUUUGGGUUUGAAAAACCGCUAAAAAUAACUUUCUUUUAAUAUGAUUUAAGGUCGACGGCUUUUGAAAAAGUAUAAUGUUAUCUCGAAGACAUUUCCAAGUUUCGAAAAUAAUUUCCUGUUUUCAAACAGUAAAUCGGUUUUUUUUAAAUAUUUUUUUCAACUCUUUCGACUCGCAUAGCUUUAGUUUAUUAUCAGACACAAAAAACAUACCCAAGACACACCUUGGAUUUUCAAGCAAGAAGCUUCAAGGUUCUUUCCAGCAGGUAUUUUAUACCCAAAUGUUUCUGAAUAUGCUGCUAAUAGUAUAGACGAACCCAUUAUAUGUAAAGACUAAACAAAAACACACAAACAUACAUACAUUCGACAGUUGUUCAAGCAGAUUGAAUACGUUCCAAUUGGGUUAAAUUUUGUACUGAAACACAUGUCAUAUUAAAAACUUAAUUUUUUGCCAUACACAACACCCACACACAUACAGCAUUAUAACUUUGAACCCCCAUUAUACAUUUAGUAUGUAAUCUGUAUAUUAAUUAUUUAUAUGAUAAUGCAUUUUCACAAAACAAAAUGAAUCGUUUUAUCCUGCAUUAUUAUUCAAUAAAUCAUAUUCGUAUGUAUGUGUAGACACAAACUUACACAGACUUACGGGCAGAAAGAAAAUAUAAAAAUAAUAAAUAAAUUAGUGCAUACUGCGCAUAUGUUAAUAACGCUUACGAAUUAAUUAUUGCGAUUGCGGACAUACCUUUUACUUGUAUAAUUAAUUUAAGGUUUAUGUAUGUAAUUGGAAACUAGUUUAAAACCAGAUACAAAUAAAAAGAAACAUGAAUGCAACAAAUUGCAUAUGCAUCUCUAAUUGAAUACCAUGAA